CCGCGACUAUGCGGUGUCAUGGAAACAAGAUUUACUAAUGGCGGCCUUUACUAAACAUUUUGUUUUAAUACUGAGCAAACGAGUUAAAUGUUUUUGAAAAAGUCACAAUAUAGACAUUAAAACAAUAGCAGAAAAUGGCAGCCAUUUUACCAGCAAUCAAAAGUACGACUGGUAGUUCUCCAUCAUAUGGAAAGCCAAACCAAGGUCAAAUGCCAAAGACUGGAGAACGAUUAAAAAAUAUCCAAGGACGCAGAGAUAGACAAGCUGCAGAAAAAAGUGCACAAUUAAGAAGCCAGUUACCAUUUCUGCGGAAACAAGACAUUGCUAAGUUUCGCAACUCUUACAAACACAAUUUAUGUCUGGAUAUGUUGACUGAGGGAUAUCAUCUAUCAUUUUGUGAGUUAAUUAAUCUUAUACACCAACAACAUGAGCGAAGAGAGGCGGCAGGGCCAGAGUCAUUUUUAUGGACAAAGCCUGUGCUACCAGAUCAGCCUGAAAAAUUAGACAUGAUGAAGAUGUAUUUAACAAGAGCUGAAGCUGCAAGCCGACUUGGUAAUUUUGCUGAAGAAUACCACUCACGCUACGACUUAGCUCAAGUUUUUAAAGACAAUCCCGAUGACCAGUGGCUAGCUGAUCAUGUGUUUUCAACCUGCCUUGAAGUAGCUAAAAAAGUUUCAACCGAUGGAGGGAAAAUGCAGUCAGAAGGGCAUUGCAAUGUGGGGCUGUGUUUACAGAAAAGUAGGAACUACAGAGAAGCUGCAAAACAUUUUGAAGCAUACUACAAGCUAGCACAGAACCACAAGCAGGACUGGAAAAUGACCAAUGGGACAAGCUUUUACUCUGAUGCCUGCAUCAAACUUUACCACAUCUACACAAUCAUCGGCACUGAGCUGGGACGCACUGCGGAGCAAGAAGACAAAGAGGUAUCGCUUGAAACCCUCAAACAAGCUUUAGAGAUGGCCAAAAAUAGCCAAGAUAAGAAAUUAGAAGGUGAGGCAUCCUACAACUUGGGCAUGGCCUAUCAGAAAAUAAAUGAGUUGGACACAGCGCUGUCUCAUUUAUUUAACUUCUACGAAUCUUGUCAAGGUGAUAGUAACAGUGAAGGCAUUGGCAGGGCCUGUGAUUCUAUUGCUAAGAUAUACGCACGUCAAGGCAACAAAGAGAAAAGUGUUGAAUUUUUAAAAAGAUUUGUUGAGCUAACAGAAAAGACAGGUUUAGAGAAAGAAUACUGUUUGGCAUGUCACAAUUUAGGAAAUGUUUGUAAUUCUGUGGGUAAUUAUGAUGAAGCAACUGAAUACUUCAGCAAGGCCUACAACAUCUCUCGUGCACUGGCUGACCCAGAAUCAACAAACGUAAACAGAGUCCAAUAUGGCAUUGCCAUGGCCCACAGGAUGAUGGGUAAAUUUGCCAACCACAUUGUUGUUGGUGACAGAACCUGCAUAACCAGACUAGCUGAAUGGAAGAGCGUGAGAGCCGAUGAGUUUAGCAAACCAAUACCUGACACAGUGCCAGGUGCUGCUUACCAUGUUGUGCUCCCACCUCCUCCAGAAGAUACCAACACAGAAGAAUCAGUUGGUGAAGCAUCUACUGAAGCCACUGCCUCAGAAGCUGCUAAGACUGAAGAAGAAGAAGAUAACAAAACUGAAUAAAUAAUUAACUUCUGGGAUUGGAAAAAAGAUUUCAGUGAUAUUAAAUCAAUCAUGUGCACGUCCCAAUCUUUUCCUCUGCAUUGUUAAUUAUUGUACUAAUUAUAGAUACCCGUUUAUCUACAUUUUAUUUGGAUCAUAAAUGAUAGGAUUAUAAAGCCAUAAGGCAAAGGGAAAAAAGAAUGUUGAAAAAAUCAACACCAAGAUACAUGAAUGUUCACAUGUGCAAAAGAUGAAUUACAAUUUACAGAAGAUAAAAUAAUGAAUGAGACCAUAUCAUUUUCGCAUUACGCUAUUGAUGAUGAUUGUAUUCCUAUAGAAAGAUUUGUAACUAGCAUACAUUCUUUUCUUUUUUAGUUACAAAAAUAAAAUUGUAAAGCCAAAAAAUGAUAGCAUUCCAAGUAAUAUAAUUAUGUACAAAUAAAAUAACUUGUGAUUGACUAAGAAUACAUUUAUAUAGAGAUAUACUGGAUUAAGUAAGUCACAUUUUGUUAUUUAUUUUUUGUGAUCUGUUUGCCAGUACAAAAGUAUUUUUUUGUUUUUACUACAGUAUUUUUUUACAAUGAAGUUAAAGACUUAUUAUUGAUUCUGUUUAAUAUAACUAAUUAUGUAACCAGAUAUUUAAAAUAGACUUUUUAAAAAAAAAAUAAAAGUAAUGUUAAAUGCACGACAGUGAUUUUUAAAAUCAGAACAUCAUUGUCAUCAGUUUUACCAUGCAAAGUAGCAGAUGUUUUCAAAAAAGGUACAUUUGUCUAUAAAAUCUUAAUAUUAUUGCAAACUUACAAAAACAGUUAGAUUUUAUAUUUAAAGUAGGGCCUAUUCUAAAAUUGGAAUUUGUUGCUUUACAUGCUUACUUUGUAAUGCAGCAUACUAGGUUAUAUAGCUUUUAUAGGAAAUAAAUAGUUUAUUGACAUUGAGAGUAAUUUCACCUUGUUAUGUAAUAUAAUGAAUUUGGAGAAAAUGUCAAUAAUAUUUCAGAAACUAAUAAAAUGUUUAUAGAGACAAUGAGAAUUCUUUCAAUUUUAACUUGUAAAUAUUUUUAGAAGUCUAGCAAAACAAAUAAUAUUUGAGAAACUAAUAAAAAUGUGAAUCAGUUUUA